AUGUUGAUUUCGGAAGGACAAACUCGUUUUGAUGUCAUCCAGGGUGAAUUGGGCGAUUGCUGGCUUAUGGCCGGUUCAGCUAGUUUAACUCUCCGUGAUGAACUUUUCUACCGUGUGGUACCACCCGAUCAGAGCUUCACUGAAAACUAUGCAGGAAUUUUCCACUUCCAGUUCUGGCACUACGGUAAUUGGGUGGAUGUUGUCGUCGAUGACAGAUUGCCAACAUCCGGAGGAAAGCUUUUGUAUAUGCACUCCCGUGAAAACAAUGAAUUUUGGAGUGCUCUGAUGGAAAAAGCUUACGCAAAGCUGUAUGGUUCCUACGAAGCACUGAAAGGUGGCACAACAUCUGAAGCACUAGAAGAUAUGACUGGUGGUCUGACUGAAUUUGCUUCACCAAUGGAAUUUGAAGCUCGUACACGAGAAGGUUUGGUGAAAGGCCAUGCGUACAGUAUCACUGGCAUGAGACUGGUUGAAACAACUCAUGGUAAAAUUCCACUGUUAAGAAUUCGCAAUCCAUGGGGUAAUGAACAAGAAUGGAACGGUGACUGGUCCGAUGAGAGCGAGUUAUGGAGCUGCGUAUCUGAGAAGCAGAAAGAGGACAUGAAUCUUGUCCUCGCGCACGAUGGCGAAUUUUGGUUGGUCCUGUUGUUCAGAGAUGAUGAUAUCCAGUUUUUUUAA